UUUUCUCAUAACUGGAGGCGAAAUUUGGCCUUCUAGGCGCUCUAAAUUAUACGUUUCUGGUGUGAGUUAGUACAUGUCAGAUUCCCUCUUCUCUCUAAUCUGACAUCUCACGCUUCUCGUUCGUUCUGUCUUCGUCUCGCGCGAUUUCUUUCGCCAAAGAACUCAAUUUUACAUAUCUCUCUCUUUCUCGGACCAAACACUGUCGUUCAAAAGGCGGUUCAAGAAAAUUACAUAGUCAAGAGAAACCGUACCUAUGAUUUUAGGGUUUCGAAUUGCGUUUUCCUCGAGGGCAAUCGUUGAAAAUUAGUGUUGCUGUAGCAUUAAUAAUAUGGGAGGCCAAGAUAGUAGUCGAGAUAAGGACAAUCCAUGGCAGUCGGCAAACAAACCCUAUCAAGGGAAAGCAGAGGAUAUGAAGCUUUGGGGAAUACUUAUCUUCGGUAUAAUUGGCGCCACUGCUACCACUUUCGCUCUCUGUUAGAGAACACCAUUUGAUGGCUGUAGCAAUCUGGCAGGUUGGUCAGCUGCAGAUGACUUUUGAAUGGUUUAAUACUCAGAUAAAACGGUCACAAUCAUCAUGGAAAGGAGGGACUGGCGGUUCUUUUCGGUCAAGUUUUCAGGAGGAAGCAUGGAAAAGGUAUAAUCGACGAAUGCAAGAGGAAUAUGAAGAGGAAAUGGAGAGAGUAGAACGAAUAAGGCGCAUGCAAAGCGUGUUCAACCGAGAGAGGAACAAGUACAAGAGAAGCUAUGAAAGCUGGAGGGAAAAUGGUCCAGGUGCAUAUCAUCAGCAUUUUCAGCGAGAUGAUUGGUAUUGGAAGGCUGAUGCAUCAUCCUUCAGAGAGCAGAGGACUAACUUUAGGACUCCAAGAGAGAGUGCAAGCUACCCUUUGUCACAUCAUUACUCAGUUCUGGGCCUUGAUAGAUCCAGAAAAACACCAUAUACAGAAGCUGAGAUUAAGAAGGCAUUCAGGGUGAAGGCAAAGGAGUUCCAUCCAGAUCAGAACCAAGAUAAUAAAGAGGCUGCCGAGGCAAAGUUCAAAGAGGUAAUGAUAUCCUACGAGGCUAUUAAGCAAGAAAGGAAGGACCUGAAAUCAUGAACUGUCCAUCGGACUGCUAGAGGAAUUGCCCAGGACUGUAAACCGUGAGAGUUUUCUUUUCUGAUGAAAAUUCAAUUCACUGCGAAUUAAUUUUGGGGCGAAUUAAUGUUGUAUUAAUAGGUUCAUAUUGAGAGCGAGGGAGAGAGAUUUUUACCCUUUUUUUGGGGGGAACAAAAGAUCUAGAUAUGAAGUAAGGGCCAUAAUGUAAUUAUGCAUGCAGAGCCCUGCUGAUAUGUGUUUUGACCUAUUUUCUAGGAAUUAUCUAAAAGUAUAAUUCGUCAUGUUCGAACAUUGAACAAAUUACAUGAAUAAUUAAAAAAAUUAUUUAUAUAAUAAACACUCGUAAAAUGAUAGUUCCGGAGUUUUUCUUUGAUUUA